CAAGGUCUGAGUGAAGGACUGAAGACCACCAUGGCAAAGAUCCUAUGGGCCAACUCUGCCAAAUAAAAACCACGAAGAAGACCAAUUUGUGUUUUCUAGUAACCACAUAAAGGCAACAACCAUAGGUUAAUUUAAAUAUUUUUUAUUUAGCCCAAUAUAUCCAGGAUAUUACGACAUAUUAGAAUCACAUUACUGGUUUGAACAUUUGAAGAACUUUGAGGUAUCCACAGCAAAAAGGGUGUUCCUCUCCCACUGAAGCCUCCAGCAUGAUUCACAGUCUUUUCUUGAUCAACUCCUCUGGAGAUAUUUUCCUGGAGAAACACUGGAAAAGUGUGGUCAGUCGGUCUGUUUGUGAUUACUUUUUCGAGGCACAGGAGAGAGCCACUGAGGCAGAAAAUGUGCCUCCGGUUAUCCCAACCCCUCACCACUAUCUCUUAAGUGUUUACCGCCACAAGAUCUUUUUUGUGGCUGUGAUCCAGACGGAAGUCCCACCUCUGUUUGUCAUUGAGUUCCUUCACCGAGUAGUGGACACAUUUCAGGACUACUUUGGAGUCUGCUCUGAGCCUGUGAUCAAAGACAAUGUGGUCGUGGUUUACGAGGUGCUGGAGGAGAUGCUUGACAAUGGCUUUCCCUUGGCCACGGAGUCCAACAUCCUCAAGGAGCUCAUCAAGCCACCUACCAUCCUCCGGACAGUGGUCAACACCAUAACAGGAAGUACCAAUGUGGGUGACCAGCUUCCAACUGGGCAGCUGUCAGUAGUGCCUUGGCGACGUACUGGGGUGAAGUACACCAACAACGAGGCCUAUUUUGAUGUGGUUGAAGAGAUUGAUGCCAUUAUGGACAAGUCAGGUUCCACAGUCACUGCAGAGAUCCAGGGAGUGAUUGACGCCUGCGUCAAGCUGACUGGGAUGCCAGACCUCACUCUGUCCUUCAUGAACCCUAGGUUGCUAGACGACGUCAGCUUCCACCCCUGCGUCCGUUUCAAGCGCUGGGAGUCGGAGCGCAUUCUCUCCUUCAUUCCUCCCGAUGGCAACUUCCGCCUGCUCUCCUACCACGUCAGCGCGCAGAACCUGGUUGCAAUUCCAGUGUAUGUUAAGCAUAGUAUCAGCUUCCGGGACAGUAGUUCCCUUGGACGCUUUGAAAUCACUGUGGGACCCAAGCAGACCAUGGGCAAGACCAUAGAAGGAGUGACUGUCACCAGCCAGAUGCCAAAAGGAGUCCUGAACAUGAGCCUCACUCCAUCCCAGGGGACACACACGUUUGACCCAGUGACAAAGAUGCUAUCUUGGGAUGUAGGAAAAAUAAACCCACAAAAGCUGCCAAGUCUGAAGGGGACUCUGAGUCUUCAGGCCGGUGCUUCCAAACCAGAUGAGAACCCCACAAUUAACCUGCAGUUUAAGAUCCAGCAGCUGGCCAUUUCUGGACUCAAAGUGAACCGUCUGGACAUGUAUGGAGAAAAGUACAAGCCCUUUAAGGGUAUAAAGUACAUGACCAAAGCUGGGAAGUUCCAAGUUCGAACCUGAAAGGAGCCUCUUCCCGGGGGAGCAGUCAUGAACACUUUUUCAUUUCUUACUUGUCUAAAGUAAAAUAUCAGCCUGUCUCUUAGGUCAGUCCCUUCAAGGGCCCACCUGCUUCCUUUUGUUCUCAGCCUUCAGUGCCAUGGAACUAAUUAAGGGAGAAGAGGGUCACAGGGAGAGUAUGGCCGAGCGGAGCAGUCAGCACUGACCGAGUUCUGGAGAAGAGGUGUGUGGUAGGGGACAGCUCUACCCAGCACGUUACUCCACUACACGGUCGUAGAAGGCAGCCAGUGUUUCCUGCUUGUCUGGUUUUAAUUAUCUAAAGCCAAUAGAUGAUGUCUUUAUUGAUUUUUUUUUAAGAUACAAAAGUUUGAAAGAAACUGGAAGAAAAAGUAAGUGUUAGUUCAAGAAAGGCUAGCUAAGGACCUGAUGGUGGGGCUUGGCUGUAACUUAGUGAUGGAGCUCUGACCCAACAUGCAGGGCCCGGGUUCAUGCCCAGCACCACACACGCCACAAAAUGGAGGAGGAGGAGGAAGUAAUAGGAAGAAAGAAUUGUGAGGACAUAUAAUUCAGGGAAGAAUUGGUAAGGAAAGUGACCAUAUUGUACAUUGAAGAGGGUGAGAAGAGUUUACUUGUUUUUUUCUGACCCUUCAUAUAUAAAAAUGGUUUAUACUUCCAGAAUUUCUUAAGUUCAAAUCCACUCUUGACAUGGAACCCCACAGUGAUACCAGAUUUUUACCUUAAAGACUAAGGUGCUAUUGGCCUAACUUUCAGAUUCUUACUUUAACUUGUUUUCAACUUGGCCCAGGCUUUUUCAGUGGCAAGGUGAUCUGUCUGCAUCUCAGAGAAGUUUACAGAACUCAUCUAGUUUUACUGGCUACCUGAUUCCUUGACACAAUUUCCCAAAAGUAAUCAAAUUUCAGUAUUCUCAGAUUUUAUGAACCACAGUAGUGGAGUCGAAAUAACUCAUUUCCCAUGGUGGUGGACUAUACCUAUACCAUGUGACCCCUAUAUUUUGCCAAUGCUAGACUGUCACAUUGCUAGAUUGAACCUUCUUGUCAGAAGUGUUCCCAUCAGUAGCCCUGAGUAGAAAGAAUGCCCACCAUUGAGGGUGUGAAUCUUUGAAGCAGCUUGGUGACAUUUCCUUGUCGUCUUUCCUAUGCUGUCACAUUCCUAGGUAGCUUUAAGACAAAAAUCCCUUGAAUCUUUGAGUUAAAUUAACGCUGUAGGUGGUCAGGCCAUGUUGAUCAUGGAUAACCUACUGGUUUAAGCUGUGGCAACUGAAGGACUACUUAAGACUUUCCCAAAGAAUAAGUUUUAUUCUACUUCACUGUGUCUACUACCCAUGUGCUCUCUGAAUAAAAGACGGGUGGUUGUUAA